AAACCUUACGACUUCAUUUUGAAAUUUUUGCUGGUAGGUGAUAGUGAUGUAGGAAAGGAAGAAAUUUUAAAUGGCCUGCUUGAUGGUUCUACAGAAUCUCCUUACAGUUAUCUCAAUGCUGGUAUUCUGUUCAAAACGACCACAAUAUUACUGGAUGGUAAAAGAAUCAAAUUACAAUUGUGGGACACAUCUGGCCAGGGUAGAUUUUGUACCAUUUUUAGAUCAUACUCAAGAGGGGCGCAG